UUAUUUUAACUCCAUCAUCGUCUUCUUCAUUCUACUCCUCACCAUGAAAACUAACACCCUCGUUUCCGCUGGUGCCGGCUGUGAUGAAAAUUACGUGGCCGCCGGCGAGGAGGAUGGUCCUCAAUCUCAGACCAUCUUUGACUUUCCACCUGAAUCAUUUUGGGUCCCCAAAGACUCAGAGCAAGACUGGUUCCACCAGAACGCCACCAUGCAACGUAAGUCCUCCUUCAAGCUCGCAAGGUUCUCCGUCACCGGAAACUGCCACCACCACCACAACAGCAACCCUUUCUCUAAUCGCUCGCUCUCCACUUUGAACCAUCACGACCACAACAAGUCUUCCCUCCUCGCUCUCCCCAUUUCCGACGGGAACCUCUGGCAAAACAAGGCGGCGGCGGCCACGAGGGUGUUAUUCCGGAGCCGGUCCGAACCGGGAGGCAAGGGCCGGUUGGUGACAGAUGGAGCUGAACCCGGUUCUCCCGUGGUUUCUUGCACUGGCCGGGUACGGCCGAUGAAGAAAGAUGGAGGGAAGAAAACAGGUCUGUGGAAAACGCUGAGGACCGCUCUGAGGGGACGGCUCGGAGUUAGGCGGCCGCGGGUGGUGAACAACGCCGGCAGUGAAUCGGCCGGUUCGGCUGGAGCUGAGUCGGGCAGGUGGUCAGGCUCGUUGAGCGGGAAUAAUAAUUGACAUGGCGGAUUUGAUACCGUACGACGUAGGUGGAGUUGGUGGUGACGCCGUGAUUACACGGUUAUGGCCCACACACACAUGUAUCACUCCGUAUGUGUGUAUGUAUAUAUCCACACUUGUUUUAAUGAGAAAGUGGUAAGGUGUUUGGAACAAAAAGGGAGAAGGCUCAAAAAUGACACCAAAGUUAUUUAUGAUGUUCGAAUUAGACACUAAGCUUUUAAGUAGACCAAAUUAACACAAAAUCAACUUAUUUGGAUCAUAUUUGGCCACUCACUAUCAAUUUCUGUUAAGUCCAAAGUUAACGGCUCAUGCUGUGCUAGCAAUUUCAUCUUCAUCUUGGCCAGAUCCUUCUUCUUCCAUAGCCCGUCUCACCUUUCCCUGUCCAGAGCUCCCUCUCUCAUGGAAAAAUCUUCCCUCCUGGAGUCCAAGAAAGCAACUGUAUCAAACAUCCAAUACUUCGAACAGUUCCAAGAAGUGAUUGUGAUGCCACUGACGCCAAAGCUAAAGUUGGGAGUUUCUCUCCCUGGGGUUCUCGCCUAGGCUCUUUUGAGUGCGAUGUUUUGCUUGAUAACAUGGAUUUGCUGUUUUCGUUUUUGGUUCUUUCCGUAUUUUAGUCGGAAUCUACGACCAAUCUUAAUUUUGACCUUGAAUUAGAGAUUGGAAGGAUAUUUCACAGCCAAAAAACCCAAGAAACAAGUCUUAUGAGCCGCGAUUUUACUGUUCAUGGCGAAUUUUUACUUCGAUUCGAUUCUCAAAAUUUGUGGAGUUUUUCUAGAAUCUGAGAGUUGUUUGAUGCUCAUCGUCUCAAGGCGCAGCAUCUGAACUUGUUCGUGGUAGGUGGAGCAGGUCGAAGGUGGAAAACCACUUCAGUUGCCUGGGCGGUUUACUGUUCAUCUGCAUCGAAGGCUUCCAGUUCAUCUUCCUUCUCGGUCAUCUAGGGAUACUUUCAACGGAGGUUUGAGAGUAACGGUGAUAAUUGACGGGGAGGAAAGCACAGUGUAAGCAAGUGUCCAAAUAUAAUACAAAAACCUAAAGUUUGUACUAAUUUGGUCCACUUAAAAGUUUAAUGUCCAAUAUGAGAUUUUCAAAUAACCUUAAUGUCAAUUUUGAGCCUUCUCCCGAACAAAAAAAAAGAAACUUGCCAAAAUCUCAAAAAAUGACAUGUUUGAAACAA